AUGGCCAAUCUCCCAAACUUGCGCCGCCUCUUCGUAGAGGCCCGGACGGAGGUCGAGGAGAACGAGUACUCACGAACAGCGUUCUACAACCUCGUCCUCUUCAUCUCGUCUGUCGCUGUCUUCAGCCUAGCCGCUCAGCGUAUGAGUGGGCCCAAAGCCGCCCGAUGA